CUUAGCCGAGUCGCACGCAGGCUGCGUGCCGCCCUCGCUGCCAUUGAGCCAGUCACAGCAGCCCCGCCUCGUCGAAGGCACUUUAUCUCGCCUGCGGGCUCUUCAAGAAACUCAUUCACCCUCGAGGACAGUUUCGAGAUGGUGCAGACGUACGGAGCGACGCCCGCUGCGGUGGAGGAACGCGGACCAGACCUCCAGCCUUCGCAAUCCGGGGAGAGCGAUGCUCUUCUGGGAGCUGACGCCAGUGCGCGUCGUCCAAAGAGAGACGGGCAUGCUACGCUUUCGAGUUCAGUGGGAAACCUGGCGAAUACGAUCAUUGGGAGUGGAAUGCUAACAUUCCCGCUGGCCAUGGCUUCCGCUGGUAUUAUACCGGGAAUCAUAACCUGUAUAUUUUCCGGCUCAGUCGCAGCCUUCGGUCUUUACCUGCUCACUCUAUGUGCGACAAAGGCACCGCACAGGAGGGCGUCAUUCUUCGCGAUUGCGGAGCUCACGUUUCCAAGAGCGGCCGUAUUCUUCGACGCUGCAAUCGCUAUCAAGUGCUUCGGCGUGUCUAUCAGCUAUUUGAUCAUUGUGAAGUCUCUCAUGCCCAACGUGAUUGCUGCGUUAUACCACGACUUGUCACUUGGCGACCCCCCUGCCUGGGCACAAUCCGGUCGUGUCUGGAUUACAAUCCUCAUGGGAGUCCUCUUCCCGUUGUCUUUCAUGCGCAAGAUAGACACUUACCUCGUGGUGGUCGUGAUUGGCACGCAGGCGCCUGGCGAGAUCCGUCUGAUACAUUUUACGCCGAACUUUGUCUCGACGUUCCCCGUGCAAGUGUUUGCGUAUACCUGCGCUCAGAAUAUAUUCCCCAUCUUCAACGAGGUAUCAUCGAAUACACAGGCCCGUAUGAACAUUGUUAUCGGCACGUCCAUAGGUUCGGCUGCAUUGAUAUACGAGAUCAUCGCUAUAUUCGGCUACCUCACAUUCGGCUCCAAGGUUGGCGCGAACAUCAUUGCGAUGUAUCCUUCAACGUCGCUCUUCAUCGCAAUUGGCCAAUUCGCAAUUGCGAUCCUGGUCAUGUUCUCAUACCCACUUCAAGUGCACCCAUGUCGCAAUUGUCUAGACAAGGUUUUCCACAUAGGUCAUGUCGAGGUAGAAGACGAACACGGCGGCAGCCCAGACAUGAGCCCUCUCAAGCAUAUACUGCUCACUGUCACUAUUGUCGUGUGUGGAUUUGCCAUCGCCUUCUUUGUCGAUGAUCUGCAAAUGGUGCUAUCAUUCGUUGGAUCCACUGGAUCGACUACGAUAUCCUUCAUCUUGCCCGGUCUCUUCUAUUGGAAGCUCUCACACUCUGACCCCACCGCUAACAAGUCCUUGUCAAAAGCCGCCCUCGCACUUGCAGUAUACGGCAUGUGCGUCUUCGUUUUCUGCCUGAGCUUCAACAUCUAUCAGGUCGUGCGCCCGUCCUCGUCUGUACAACAUUAGCGUAGACCUCAUCCGUAACUUAUAUCGCAUUUGCUCAUAUGCUUCAACUACGUCUCUUGAAUCUGGAUGAUAUUCCGGGACAGCC